CUUUGGCAGGGCUGUGAGACGUGCAGUCAUCAGCAGGAGACAAAGUCAGUCUCAGAGCCACGAUUAUUCAGGGUGAUUUUUUUUCUUUAGGGUUUAGGAUGAUUUUUUUUCUUCCCUCCCAGCCAAUAAAAAGCUCUCACAGAGACACAUCUUCCCCUGCAGGAAGCAGGGCGGUCACUGCUCACGUUAGCAGGCUCCUCUUCUGAAGCAGUGGAGAUGGCAGCAGACUUCACCCGCAGCUUCGCCAUGCUUUGCUGUUUAGCGCUCUGGGGCUCCACCUGCACUUGUGAUGCUACGUACACACCACCACCUCAUUCAACCAUGAAUCCUGGCUUCCCGGUCCCAGUGAAUACCAACAAUCCUGGCGUUCGCAAGGCAGCUCGCUUUGGGGUUUACCAAUUCAACAACAGUUCCAACGACCUAUUUCUGUUUAAAGAAUGGCAAAUAAACAAAGCUAUGGUGCAGAUUGUCAGAGGUCUGAAAUACAUGCUCCACGUGGAAAUUGGCCGCACAGUGUGUGAGAAGAGGGGGUACUCCAACCUGGACGACUGUCACUUCCAGAGGAAGAAAAAUCUGCAACAGAUACUGAAAUGCUAUUUUGAGGUCUGGAUGACACCUUGGUUGCAUAAAGCAGAUGUCCCUGUUGCUCUCUGUCACUGACCCAACUUCUGUCAUCAUUUCGUCAUGAUUUUCAGAGGAUCUACCACCCAUGAGUUUUUCCUUGUCUGGACUUCGAGGCCAAAACUGCGGUGGGGAGCAGCUGCAUAGAAUGACCAUAAAACCUCCCUCCAAGGUUGUUGGUUUCCCCCGCACCUCUAAGGAAGAUGCUCAAGAUCUGAGUGACAAAGACUUGCACUGACUGCAUUUAUUGCUAUCCAGCUGUGUAUCUCUUUUUCUAAAACUAAACAGCAGAUGAGAACAUGUUGUCAUUUGUUCACCAGAGAGCGAUUCACUCUUUUUGGCUGAGAUUUCCAAGGAGUGCAAACAGGCCCAGGAAGGUCUGUUGGACUGCUUUGUUCUAUGAUGAAUCUUCAUACAACCAUGAUAUAAAAAGCCUAAACCACAGCACACACAACUUCAACACUGUGGAAAGCUUUACAGUGAGACAGUAUGCAUGGGGAUACACACACAUACAUACACACAAAGUCUUGAGGGUCUGCAGUACCAGAUAGAAGCUUAGAUACUUUUGCCAGGAAUGCACAAGGUAGAAGUUUUCUUUCCUCAAGACAUGAGUAUGGAUAAACCUGUCUUAAGACACAACCACAACUCAGAAAUGGCACAGUCUGAAUAGAGUUUCUAUUUUCAUCAAAAGCUCUACUCCAGGAGGGCAUCAUUGCAAAUGCUAAGAAAAAUAAACAAUCAUUUCCC